AUGUUGUCUCCUGCCGUCUGUUAUCACACAGACGAAGGGAAGAACGGAUACACGUUUCCGAAUCUUGAGACACCGAAGAAUGGGGUGGUCCAGACUCCGGUGCAGUAUCUCAUCCAGACCGCUCCACUGCAUGACUUCUGUAGUCACCAAAUGGUUGAUCUACGUACGCUUCUGCAAUGUGCGUGGUCGCGGGUGAUUGCCCAAUUGGAUUCUACAACAGAUCUCAAAGCAGAUGCGAUCUAUGGUACAAAGUCAAAAUCGCUACUGGAAGGUUUUAUUUCCGAGGUGAAGAAGUCACAACAAUCUACCCAGCUAGAGAACGAAAGGAUAUUGACGGAAAAAUUAUUACUCCCACUCAAUCCCAGGGGGACCUCCUCCUUAAGCUGGCUGCAAAAUGAUCUGUUAUGCGCGACGGGAGGGGAACAUGGCGAGCAGAGUACGGGGGGAUUUGAGCUUGCACAAUGUGGCAGCUGGAUUGCAAUUUCUGCAAGUUUCAACCCACUCAUCGAUUCAACAAGAUGGGUAAAUGACUACAUUGAAGUGUUUCGCUCAUUCCUAGUAGCACUUGUUGUCGGAGAUGAUGAAUUGUCUGCUCCUGAAAACUAUCUCACGCCGGAGGACUGCGCCCGGAUCCGGAAUUGGAACAGUGCUGUUCCCCCCGAAAUCAAUGCUUCAAUACUUGAUGUGUUCUCUGAGCAAGUUAAGGCGCACCCUGGAUCAACAGCAGUUAGUGGAUGGGACGCUAGUUUUACCUAUCACGAACUUGAAGAUUGUGCAGACCAACUGGCCUACCAGCUACAGUCUCGUGGAGUCGGGCCAGGGAUGUUAAUUCCCUUGUGUUUCGAAAAAUCGGCAUGGACUGUGGUGGCUAUCAUUGCGGUCAUUAGUACUGGGGCUGCAUUUGUUCUGCUGGAUGCUUCUCAGCCCGAGGCGCGCUUGCGUUCAAUCGUGAUGCAAACCAGGGCGACUUUGAUGAUCACAUCAUCUCAGAAAAAGGACCUUGGACGAAGAUUGGCGCCGGAAGUGGUGUCGGUACAGCCUACAAAGUCCACAAAAAAUUCUGAACGAUCUAGAACUUUGAGACCGGUAAUUAAGCCGGAUUCACUUCUAUACGUGGUAUUUACCUCUGGAAGUACCGGCCAGCCCAAGGGAGCUAUGAUUUCACACUCAAACUUCGUCUCCGCAGUUCAUUAUCGCAGGUCCGAGCUCUACACUGUCACUCCGCGGGUGCUCGACUUUGCUUCUUAUAGCUUUGAUAUUAGCAUCGAGUCUACUCUGGCACCAUUACUGCUAGGAGGAUGUGUUUGCGUACCGUCUGAUGCAUCUCGAGAGGCCGAUCCUAGUGAUGCGAUCAAAGUAUUCAAUGUGAACCAAGUAAUGCUCACGCCGUCAGUGGCCCGGCUAGUGGAACCAGAAAAUGUGCCGUCCCUGCGUCUGUUACAUCUGGGAGGGGAGCAAAUUUCGAGAUUCGACAUCGAAAGAUGGCCUAGUACGGUGAAGCUCAUCAAUGGCUAUGGCCCAGCUGAAUGCACCGUCGUAACAACAGCGAACACCGUCUCGCCCUCGUCACCUGAAGCACAUACCAUUGGCCGAGGCCUAGGGGCAGUUACUUGGGUUGUUGAUCCCGCAGAUACUGGGCGCUUGGUACCAGUAGGGGCUGUCGGCGAGCUUGUUAUAGAGGGGCCGCUUGUUGGGUCUGGAUACCUUCAUGACGAGGGGCGGACCUUAGCAGCGUUCAUCGUAGAUCCACCAUGGCUGCGAGCUUUCGGCAGGCGGGGCCGCCUGUACAGAACUGGUGACCUCGUCUCUUACAAUUCCAACGGAACACUCACGUUCAUUGGUCGCAAAGACACGCAGGUCAAGGUAAAUGGUCAGCGUGUUGAGCUCGGGGAGAUUGAGCAUAAUCUACAGCAAGAAAUUUACAAUCAAGGGAACUGCGUGGUCGAUGUCGUAGUGGAUCUCAUUUCCGUCAACAGCAAUUCUGGAAAGCAGUCUAUUUUGCUGGCUUUCCUAGGCCUCGAGCGAGCUGCACAAGAGCGAUUUGCAGCAUCCGGAACUCCCAGUGUACAGGAGUUAACGUCCGCGAUGUGGGAGAUCCUCGAGCCCAUUAAUCUCUUCAAGGUUCUACCGCGUUAUAUGGUCCCCUCUAUCUAUAUUCCAUUAUGGCGUAUGCCACUUCUUCCCUCUGGCAAAAUAAACCGGUUGAAGUUGCGUUCGAUGGGAGAGUCAUUGUCGGUCGAUGACUUGGCAGCCUUUAGAAAGCCGCAGGUUGCAACAGUGGAUACACAAGGACGAAUUACGCCACAGGAAAAAUUAUUGCAAAGUCUAUGGGGGCAAAUAUUUCCCCAUCGUGCAGGUAGUAUUCAACCUGAUGAUAAUUUCUUUUCCCUCGGCGGAGAUUCUCUUACCGCAAUGAAGCUCGUCGGGCUUAUUAGAAAGCAUGGCAUUGAGAAUAAGCACUCAGAGACGAUACGUAUCGCGGACAUCCUUCAAUGGCCACGGCUUGCUGAUAUGGCACGUUGUAUUACGCGGGUAGAUGAUAAACAAGGUGAUGUCCAGGAUGCUCUCUUUGAUCUUUUGCCGGAUCAUAUAGCUCCUUCGAACGCCCGACAGAUAGCUGCUCCACAGUGCGACGUUCAGCCAGAACAAAUCGUCGAUAUCUACCCCUGUACUCCCCUUCAAGAAGGGCUGAUGGCUCUAUCAGCUGAGCGCUCUGGAGCGUAUAUCGCACAAAAUAUUUUCGAGUUAAGUGAUAGGACCAACAUUGAUACCUUGCGGAUGGCUUGGACUCAUAUCGUUGUGUCAAGCGUGAUAUUCCGAACGCGAAUCGUUCAGCUAGAUUCUCAAACACUGGCACAGGCAGUUGUGACUGUUCCGAUUGAAUGGGAGUGCUAUGAUGGAAAGCUGAAUGAUUUCGUGGCAAUAGACCGUCAUAGACCCAUGGGAAUCGGGAAAGCUCUCAUGCGCUUGACUGUUGUCACCGAGCGCAGCGAGGAGUCGUUAUUGAAAUGCUUUCUUGUCUGGACAGCUCAUCAUGCUGUGUUCGAUGAUUGGAUAUUAAACCUUAUAACAAGCCUCGUGGGAAAGAUGUACCAUGGGAGGCCACCGUCUUCAUUUCAUUUGACUCCAUAUAAGCGGUUUAUUCGCCACCUUCAAGAGCUGAACCGUGAAUCGUUUAGUAACUAUUGGCGGCAGGAGCUUGAAGGGACUAAUGCCGCGAUCUUCCCACACUUGCCUUCGGCCGUGGACAAGCCGGUAGCGGAUGCAACGGCAAAUUUUGCAUUCAGCUUGAACGAUUCCAAACUGAAUGUUCAUGCUUCCUUACCGACCAUACUGCGCGCGGCUUGGAGUAUCCUUGUGUCACGGCAUACUCAAACAGACGACGUGAUUUUUGGAGAGACAUUGACUGGUCGCAAUGCACCUGUCGCCGGCGUCGAAGAGAUGGAUGGUCCGACUUUAACAACGAUCCCCCGACGAGUAAAAGUCCAGAAUGAGAUGAGAGUGGCUGAAUUCUUGGAGGAGAUUAGACGACAUGAGAUCAAUAGCAUCCCCUACGAAGGAUUUGGACUGCAAAACAUACAGAAGCUGAGCGACGAUGCUCGUACUGCGUGUCAAUUUGCGACACUCCUCGUAAUUCAACGGGACCCAGAAGUCUCGUUUGACAGCCCCAUGAUCAAUGUGACUGAGAAGGUUUUGCACGAGGACUGUGGAGAGGAUGGCAAGCCUUAUGCAUCCUUCUUCACGACCUACCCUCUCAUGGUAACCAUCUCAAUCAAGGACAAUCAAAUCAACAUUUAUGCGAGCUUUGAUUCUAGGAUAAUUGAGCGUAGCCAGAUGCAAGUACUCAUGCAUCAGCUAGAGGUCAUCACGCGGCAAGUGAUUCAAGAACCACACGAAGUUGUUGGAGGUAUCAAUUGUCUAACACGGAAAGAGCUUCACCAGAUCUGGAGCUGGAAUCGCCUGCCAUGGGUACCUGUUUCAGGUUCUGUCCAUGAUUCGAUCGCUGAGGUAUCCAAUACCAGGCCCACCGCCCCUGCAGUUUGCGCUUGGAACGGUUCUCUAACCUACGGCGAAUUGGAUAACCUGUCUACGCGCCUUGGAUCCUACCUCUUCAAAGUUGGCGUCGAAGCCGAGUCACUAGUUCCUCUCUGCUUUGAAAAGUCCGUUUGGACUAUCGUAUCAAUGCUUGCAGUUAUCAAGGCUGGUGGAGCUUUUGUUCUACUUGAUCCUACCCAGCCCAAACAACGGCUGGGUGAGAUUAUUGUAAGAGCAAAAGCGAACUAUGUCCUCACCUCCCCGUUGCAGUACGACAUGGUCUCUGACCUGGCAUCUGAGUUCAACUUGACAAUAGUUCUCGUUUCAAAGUCACCGCUCGACGCAUUGACCGAUGAUGCCACCGUUACUGACCGAAUGCCACAGCACCUUGAUUCCGAUAGACCGCUUUUUGUCACUUUCACAUCCGGUAGCACUGGGAAGCCGAAAGGUGUAAUCAGUACCCAUGGCAGCUAUCUAUCUGGCGUUAAUUAUCGAAGAUCAAUCCUACAACUGCCGAAUCUGGACAUGAGGGUGUUUGAUUUCGCAUCCUACAGUUUCGACGUCAGCACCGAUGUGAUUCUUUCCACACUUCUCACGGGCGGCUGUGUGUGUGUCCCAUCGGACUUUGAUCGCAAGAACAACAUUCCAGGAGCGAUCAAUGCCUUGAGAGUCAAUGCGGCAGAUCUUACCCCUUCUGUCUCACGUUUACUCUCACCUGAAUCGGUUCCUGGGCUUAAGGUUUUGAAAUUGGGAGGAGAAGCUAAUACUGCAGCUGAUCAUGCCUUGUGGCUGGGAAAGACGACGCUUGUCAACAUAUACGGCCCCUCGGAAUGCCUGGUUGUCACUGCAAAGACGGUUCUUCCCGGUACCGACCCAUGCAAUAUUGGUCGAGGUCUUGGAGCUAACACGUGGGUGGCUGAUCCUACCAAUCAUGACAGGUUAGCCCCAAUUGGCAGCAUUGGAGAGCUCCUCGUUGAAGGCCCAAUCCUCGGGCGAGGCUAUUUAGACGAUCAAAAGCAAACGGACGCCGUAUUCAUACAUAAUCCAACAUGGCUCGUAAAAGGGUUACCCGGGUUUCAACCUGGUCGUGAAGGACGUGUGUAUAAAACCGGAGACCUAGUCCGGUACAACCCCGACGGCACUUUACACUAUAUUGGCCGCAAAGAUAGGCAAUUGAAAGUUCGUGGACAGCGUGUCGAGCCGGCUGAGAUUGAAGGGGCAAUAAAGAGGCAUAUACAAUCGAAGCUAGGAAUGACAAUCGACGUGGUGGCGGACUUAGUCACCUCAAACCGUGAUCAGCGGAAACGCCUAAUUGCAUUUCUUGGUCUGAAUCAGGUUUUGGAGUCAAGGGGUUACUCAGAGAAAGAUCACCUAGGGGAUACAGUCCUGCGUGACAUCAUGUGGGAAGUCACAGCUGGUCUUGAAGUGUUACUUUCGCAGACUCUACCUCCGUACAUGGUCCCAUCCGUUUAUGUACCAUUACGCCACAUACCAUUGUUGCCAUCAGGGAAAACCGAUCGCAGAAAGCUCCAAUCUGCCGCUGCCAGUCUAUCGCCAGAAGACUUGUCAUUCUUCAGAGAACGGCCGAAAGCCCAGAACCGAGCAAUAGCCACGCCGAAGGAAGAGAAGCUGCAGAAGAUAUGGGCUGAUGCGCUUGGCGUGAAAUCAAUUCAGGCCGAAGACAAUUUCUUUACUAUCGGAGGGGAUUCGAUCGCUGCAAUGAGGUUGGUAGGCUUAGCAAGAGAUCAAGGGCUUUUGCUAAGCGUCGCCGAUAUCUUCCAACGCCCCAGGUUAUAUGAGAUGGCCGAGAAAGCAGCCGAGACCGGGACCGAAUUACUUGACAUACCCGCCUUUUCUCUUCUUCCUGGUGCCAAUCCAUACGUGAUUGAUGAGAGGGAGGUAGCUGCGGCGCAGUGCGGUUGUUCCAUUGAACUAAUAGAGGAUAUAUAUCCCUGCACCCCACUGCAGGAGGGGUUGAUGGCGCUCUCAACAAAGACCCCUGGAGCGUAUAUAUCUCAGAAUGUUUUUCAAAUGGGCAAUGCAACCAAUACUGAUCUAAUGAAAGAAGCCUGGGAUUAUGUUGUGCGAUCAAAUCCAAUCAUGCGCACACGAGUGAUACUGUCAGCUCGGCAGGAUCUUGUGCAAGUUACUGUACAGGAAGGCAUUCACUGGGCGAGUCAUGACUCUCUAGACUGUUACCUCAAGUAUGACCGUAACACAUCAAUGGGACUUGGGAUGCCGUUAACGAGACUUGCAUGGGUUGACGAUGAAAUGACUAAGAGAAGUUUCCUAGUCUGGACCGCACAUCAUGCUAUCUUUGACGGCUGGGUAUUGUCAUUGGUGAUGGAGAAUGUCAUCCGGGUAUAUCAUGGUAAGUCUCUUCACGUUGGACCGCCAUUUAAAGGUUUCAUCAAAUAUCUCAAAGAGCUUGAGCGGGCCGAAAUGGAUACAUUUUGGCAAGAUGAGUUUUCGGGAAUAACUGCGACACCUUUCCCGGCCUUGCCAUCCUCGACGUAUCAACCGAAAGCGGAUGUUGAGACGAAGCUUGAAAUGUCAUUCACUUGGUCGACGACGUCCAACGUGACAUCCUCAACAUUUCUUAGGCUAGCUUGGGCAGUCUUGGUCGCGCGCUUGACAGCAUCCUCAGAUGUUAUUUUCGGUGAAACCCUUAAUGGCCGCAAUGCACCUAUCCCGGGUAUCGAAAGAAUGAUUGGCCCGACUUUAACAACACUACCCAGACGCAUAGUGCUUGAAGACGGCCUUCCUGUUGCCGACCUUUUGCACCGCCUCAAAGAUCAUGAGAUCGCAAUGAUGCCUUUUGAACAUGUAGGCCUCCAGCACCUCCAGGAGCUAUCAGCGGACUGCCAAGCUGCUUGCAAAUUCCAGACAUUAUUUGUCGUUCAGCGUGGGAUGGACCAUGACAUGAGUGAAAUGUCACUGACCAUAAGCGGGGACGUGUCCAACUUCAAUUCCUACGCUUUAAUGCUGACAUGCGCCCCUGAAUCUGAUAAGAUUUUGUUUCAUGCUAGCCAUGAUUCGAACGUCAUUUCACCAGAAAAAAUGCAAGAUGUACUAAACCAACUGCAGAAUGUGGUUAUGCAACUAUCGAAGAAAAUGGAUAGACCGCUGAGAGAGAUUAACUGUCUGAGCGAAAUUGAUACCCAGCAGAUAUGGAAGUGGAACCACCAGCUUCCGGAAAGCAUCAGUAUACCAGUUCAUGAGAUCAUUGCGCAGCAGGCACGGGAGCAUCCUGCAACGGAAGCUGUGUGUGCAUGGGAUGGCACCUUCACAUACCGGGAACUAGAUACUCUCGCUGGUCAGCUUGCAUACCAUCUCAAAGAGCUCGGGGCUGUAUCCACACCCGGUUACCAUAUUCCAUUAUGCUUUGAGAAGUCAGCAUGGACGGUGAUUUCUAUCCUUGCUGUCAUGAAGGCUGGAGGGUCUUUCGUCUUGCUUGAUGUGUCCCAACCACAAGACAGACUACAACACAUUGUCUCCCAUAUCAAAGCCAACUACAUUCUAUCAUCGCCACGGCAAAGCGACCUGGCCUCUAGCCUUGCCGCGAACGUUGUAGUGGUAUCUUCUGACUUUGUUCGGUCACUGAGGCAGCUGCAUACGCCGGGUCCACUCAACCCUAAUUCGGCACUUUAUGUGGUAUUUACCUCUGGUAGUACAGGCAAGCCCAAAGGCGUCAUUAUCACGCAUCUGAACUUUGCCUCCGGUGUACAUUAUCGGCAGAACGUCAUGCAUAUGCCGGGCUUUCGGCUGCUAGACUUCCCCUCGUAUAGCUUUGAUGCCAGUGUGGAAUCGAAUCUCGUUCCUCUUAUGAUCGGUGGCUGUGUUUGCAUCGCUUCUGACGAACUAUGUCAAAACAACCUUUCUGCCGCUAUUAGCUCCACGAAUGCUAACGCUGUUAUGUUGACCCCAUCAUCAGCGACCUUGAUCUCCCCUGAGAAUGCCCAUUCAUUGAAACAGCUACAUCUCGGUGGAGAGAAGCUGACGGCCGCCAACAUAGAAACGUGGGCAGAUAAACUCAAGCUGGUGGUCGGUUAUGGUCCAGCUGAGUGCGCAGUUACAACAACCGGAAGAAUCGUCAAAGGCAUGGUACCGCAAAAGGAGAAUAUCGGGCCUGCAUUUGGAGCUGUGACAUGGCUGGUAGAUCCCGCGAGCCACGACCGGCUCGUCCCCUUAGGCACGAUUGGCGAGUUAUUGAUUGAAGGCCCCAUUGUGGGUCAGGGGUACGUGAAUGAUCCGGAAAGAACGGCCGCUGCAUUCAUUGAAAACCCUCCUUGGCUCUUAGCGGGCGGAGGAAUGUUCGCUGGUAGGCAAGGCCGUCUUUACAAAACAGGUGAUCUGGCUCGUUACGAUUCAGACGGGACACUCAUAUUUAUUGGACGGAAAGAUACCCAAGUCAAAAUACGGGGUCAACGAGUCGAGUUGCAAGAGAUUGAACAUCAUGUCUAUCAAUAUCUUCGCGAUCUCACUGGUCUGGGGCUAAGCAUUGUAGCCGAUCUCAUUUCAACCUGUUCCGAUAUUGCCAACCCCACUUUAGUAGUUUUCAUCGAGCUGGAGGCGGUCAUGACGCAGAAAGGUCAUCUCCCAGAUCCUGGGCCUGCAGUGCUGUACAACGAGAUGAAGUCUAUGGUACCCGGAUUAGAUGAAGCGCUUCGAAAUGCCCUCCCACGGUACAUGAUUCCGUCUGCAUACGUUCCGCGCUGGAAAUUGCCAAUGAUGCCAUCUGGCAAACUCAACCGAAAGCAAUUGCGUAGUGACGCCGAGUCAUUGACGGCAGAACAGUGGAAUCAUUUCCGAAGUUUAAUAAGCGCGGUUAGCCCAGCUGCCAGGGGACGGGAGGUUGCUACUAACGACGAGGCCGCGGUCCAACGCCUAUGGGCAGAUAUUCUCCGUAUUGCAGAGAAACAAAUUAAGGCAGAUGAUAGCUUUUUCACCCUCGGGGGAAACUCAAUAACCGCGAUGAAAUUGGUAGAGCUCGCACGCCGGCGUGGAAUUCUAUUCAAUGUUGCCGAUGUUUUUGCACACCCUGUUCUCAGUGAUCUCGCGUCCCGUAUUGGGCGAGUAGAGACUACGCCCCUGAAUCAGGAUGAUCUAGCAUACGCCCCACUACAGCGGUUGAUGAGCUCAAAUCCAACGUUGAUACAAGGCCAGAGCAGCAAUAUUCCACUUGUCAUGAUUCACGAUGGAGGAGGUACAACUUACGCAUAUCACCGUAUGGGCCCUGUCAAUCGGCCCCUAUAUGGUAUUCAUUUUCCCGGAUAUGCAUCAGGAACCGCUUGGAAAGGAGGAAUUAAAAGUCUAGGUCGCCACUAUGCAGAUCUCAUCCAGAAAAGUCUGUUGUCAGGUCCGAUUAUACUUGGAGGUGAGUUUUAUCAUUUUUAG